AUGUUGGAGAGUAAUUAUACCAUGCCAACUGAGUUCCUACUUGUUGGGUUCACAGAUUAUCUACCUCUCAGAAUCACACUAUUCUUGGUAUUCCUCAUAGUAUAUACACUAACUGUGGUGGGAAAUAUGGGCCUAAUCAUCCUAUUUAACAUCAACCCAAGCUUGCAAACCCCCAUGUACUAUUUUCUCAGCAACUUGUCUUUCUUAGAUAUCAGCUAUUCUACAGCAAUCACUCCUAAAAUGCUGGUGAAUUUCUUAGCAUCCAGGAGAAGUAUCUCUCCCUCUGGCUGUGCCCUGCAAAUGUUUUUCUUCGGUUGUUUCGCUGAUGCUGAGUGCCUCCUCCUGGCAGCAAUGGCGUAUGACCGCUAUGCAGCCAUCUGUAACCCACUGCUCUACCCUACCCUCAUGUCUAGCAGAGUCUGUGUCUGCUUCAUCGUGCUGGCCUACCUCAGUGGAAGUAUGACUUCGAUGGUACAUGUCUGCCUCACAUUCACGCUGCCAUUUUGUGGCUCCAAUAUUGUCAACCACUUUUUCUGUGAUAUCCCACCUCUCCUGGCUUUAUCAUGUGCAGACACCCAUAUCAAUGAGCUUCUGCUCUUCGUCUUGUGUGGUUUCAUUCAGACCAGCACUUUCAUGGUCAUAUUUAUCUCUUACUUUUGUAUCCUCAGCACUGUUUUGAGCAUCAAGUCCUCAGACGGUAGAAGCAAAACAUUCUCCACCUGUGCUUCCCAUCUCGUGGCAGUCACCUUAUUCUACGGAACACUCCUGUUUAUGUACCUACGUCCCACCACCAGCUACUCCCUAAACACUGAUAAGGUAGUUGCAGUGUUUUAUACUGUUGUUUUCCCCAUGUUUAACCCGAUAAUCUAUAGCUUCAGAAACAAGGAUGUAAAAAAUGCCCUUCAAAAACUAGUAGCAAGAAACUGGAUUUCAAAUGACUGA